GAGGCGGAGAGGAACAAAGUCCUCUGGGAUGCCGAUGACGCAAAGGGGUGGCUGUGCUCCUGCGCUUGUCGGGGGAGCUCGGCACUCUUGGAUGGCGCAUACAUGUGGUGCUGCCUUUGAGUGUUCGUCUCUUUUAGAGGACUCGGUUUCUUCUUCUGGCAGAAAUAAAGGGUGUUCUAGUGAGAUAGUGGGUCAGAUGCCUCUAAGAUGCAUUUCUUGUAAUGUACCAACAGUGCAUGGUCAGGCUGGUGCAGAUGCUCCUGUCAGUGGUGCAGAUAGGGUGCCUUGCACACCCUUUGGGUUAGGCAAAUUAGCUGGAGGGGGCACUCUGGGUCUAGGCGUCACAUUCAGUGACUAUAGCGAGUUUGAAUCUAGCUAUAAGCAGUGGCUAGCUGCCAAAUUCACUCCCAUGAGAAUUGGUCACUCUGAAAAAAAUUUGUCUAGUUGCACAAGCCCUACAUCUAAGGACCCCUUCCCUUAUAGGCGUAUCACUUUUGAGUGCUGCCGUGCUGGGAAGUCUCGAUCUAGAGGAAACGGCAUCCGAAACAAGCAGAGGUAUCUUGCGACAGGAUGCCUAUGCAAGGUGUCAGUUUCUUUAAUUGUGGAACCGAUGCCUCAUUAUAAAGUUCACAGCAUGGUAGAGGGCCACAACCAUCCCGAAGGGCCAGGGUUCGAAAUGUGGUAUCCGCAGAACAGGCUUCUAAACAAGGCUGAAAAGAAAGAAUUUGAAGACGUCCUUUCAUGCAAUGUUAAACCAAAGGAUUUGAAAGAGUUGGUAUUUAAAAAGACUGGAAAGCAUAUUACAUCGCAAGACGUUAGGAAUGUAAAGCAUGAAAAUGUGAGGAAAAUCGAGAAUAGUCUGCAUCAUGGUUCUCUCUUGUUAAAGCAAAUGGAAGAUUUAGUUAAAAAAUGUCCUGGUUGGAUUGUACACAUUGAAAAGGAUUCUAGCAAUCAGCUUUUGUUUGUAUUAUUUCAGUCUAACUUAAUGAGGCAGUUCACAGAAAAUUAUUCAGAGGUAUUAUUUUUCGAUGGCACUUACAAGGUUAAUAUUGAAUGUUAUAUUCUUCAUUCAGUACUCUGCGAGGACAGCACAAGCCAUGGGAGACCGAUCUGUUACAUGUUUGUGCAGCGGGAGACUAAAGAAAUUCUUCAAGCAGCUAUAGCGAAGUUCCUCGAUUUAAAUCCUGCUGUGGUGUCGAAUUGUAAUGUAGCGGUGAUGGAUAAGGACCUUAAUGAAAUGAAUAUUCUUGCACAGCUGCUACCAAAUUGUAGAAUUUUGCUAUGCUCUUGGCAUGUGGUAAAGUAUCUGCACCAAAGAGUUUCGCAACUUUGUUCUAGCAGAGUCGACAAGCAAGCCGUUAAGUCUCUCAUAUCAAAGCUAGUUUUCUCUUAUGAUGACAAUACUUACCAGGAACUCUUGGAAGAGCUUGAAAAUGAAAUGCAAAAGGAGCUUGAAAGUGAAAAGCAAAAAAAGUCCAGCUUUCUUGAGUUUUAUUAUAAAAAUUGGCACGACUGUAGGGAGAUGUGGGUGCAUGCAUACCGUCGUAACAUCUAUACCUUUGGGAAUAACACUAACAACAGAAUGGAAAGCCACAAUCAAAAGAUAAAGCAGUUUAUGCACCAGCGUAUGCAUUUAGUUGAUGCUGUCAAAGCCUUGGUUCAAUAUGUAAACCAUGAUACUUUAUCUGUUAGCUUUGCACAAUUCCAAGAAACCAUGCUGUGCCUUGACACACGAAAAAUUGAUGCAUUUCAUAUUCAGGUAUCUACCAACUGUACAGGAUAUGCUAGCAACUUAAUUUAUAAGGAGUAUGAAUCUUACUUAAAUGGAAAUCUUGCAUAUUGUAUGAAUAAUGGACAGCAUACAGUCAAUAGUAAAAGUAAUUGUUACAUUGUUUCACAGGAUUUAACUGCCUGUACAUGCACAUUCCAAAAUCAGUUCCGGCUUCCUUGUAGACAUAUCUUUGCUGUUAGAUCUAAUCUUUCAGUGGAUCUUUUCGAUGUCAAAUGUGUUGCAUUUCGGUGGUUAAAGUCUGGCUUUGUUGAAACUGAUGUAGAUACUGCACAGGCAGUAGCGCAAAAAAUUAGUUUGAAUGUAUCAACUAAAGGAAAUCCCAAACUGGACACGACGGAAUCAAAGUAUAAUUACGCUUUAAGUGAGCUCUCGGAAUCGUGCAAAAGCAUAGCAAACACUUUGGCAUGCUGUGGUAAAUCUGAGCUGCUCGAAAAGUUAUCUGAAAUAAAGAGUUUUUUUAAUAACCUGAUAACCUAUCCUAGGAAUAAGACUUCCAAAACAGUAUUCAAUCAAGAUGAACAGCAGGAUUUGAAGCAGGCUCAUUGCAAGGAUGAAGAUGAGCUAAAUGAAGAAGGGUCAUUUGGUAGUGAGGAUGGCAUUGUAGAGAGCCCUGCUAGUAUUCCAAGCAUUAAAAGGGAGGAAAUUUGCAAUUCGAGCACUGUUGAGCGUACGCAAUUAAAGCAGCAUUUUGUGGACCACAAUUAUUGCAAAAGUUUAGACAUGAAUACAAACUCUUCAGACAUAAUUACUCUGUCUCCAGAACCGGAAUUUCAUAAUGAAAGAAAACGUGCUGAAGUUUCACAUACUGUUGUAGAUCUGACCUGUGACGAAGUAUUGGAUAAAGACGUAUUGAUUGUUCCAUUGAAUAAGUCUCCUCGUGGUAGGCCCAGUAAAAGAAAGAGGACAUCUAAAGUGCAGGCAUUGCCAAUCAUGAAGUCUGGUAAAAGUAGCACUAAUUGUAACAUCAGCGACCGCAGCAUGCUUCGUUUAGAGCGUGCAGCACGUUAUAUUACGCAGCAUGAUUUAUUGUGUGAGCAAGGCAUUGAAUGGUUAAAUGACAAUUUGAUCAAUGAGGCACAAUCACUUAUUCAUACACAGUUUAACCAUGUUGGGGGGCAACAGGAUGUUCUUCUUGGCCCAAGAUUGUUGUUUAAAAAGCAAGAUAAAUUUGUCCAGAUCCUUCAUAUUCCAGAUCAUGAACAUUGGGUGACUAUUACAAAUUAUGGGGCCCCAAACAAUUCAGUAUUUUUAUUUGACUCCCUCUUCGAAGAAAUAUCAAACAAUUUGGUUUCUCAGGUCUUAAAUAUCAUGGGAUUAGAUUUACAUCAGCUCAUUGUUUGCCAGAUGAACACAUAUGAUUGUGGGGUGUAUUCUAUAGCCAAUGCAUAUUGCAUUGCAUCUGGACAGGAUCCAUGUUCUCAAAAUUUUGACCAGAGUUCUAUGCGAGGCCACUUAUUACGAUGUCUUUAUGAUGGUGAAAUUUUACACUUCCCUAUUACAACUUCACGUGUGCCUAGAAUGAAGCGUAGAAAAAUUUGUUAUGCUGACAGGACAUUAUUGCUAGAUACGAGUGGACAUAUGUAAUAGAAGCUGCAUUUUUUUAAAUACCAAGUGUAACAAAAAGGUGUGGCUUUAAAUGUUUGAUUUACCAGUCACAACCACCUAAUGUUUGUUCCUUCAGAAAUGAAAAUCUUAAGUUAAUGCUCAUGAUAACGAUAAAUAUAAAAUAAUUUCCCUUUAAUAUAAAGAAUAUUUAGCUUUAAAUUUAGCCGCAGCCAAUGAUGAAGGGUUGCCUGAGCCUCUACUUCUGUGUGAGCCAUAGGUCCCAAUCUGAGGCUUUACCUUUAAAUUAUUUUAUUAAUUUGCAAGAACCUGCAUGGAUUAUCUGCAGGUAUAGCCUAAAUUUAUUAAGCAUAAAGCUCUGUGAACAUAUACUAAACUUUUAUACAUAAAACGGGUAGGUUCUGCUUUUGUUACUGUACUCUUGUUAUUAAUUGUGCCAGUCGGGUCUUUAGCUUUAUUGAUACUACAGUGUGAG